AUGGCCCGUGCCGUCAUUAAAUCCACUUUGGGUUUAGCCCAGCCCCGCGUUCUUCGCUUCGCCUUCAGCAUCGAUGUGCAGGCAUUUUCGACACCAGACUGGCUUCUGAGGCUCGCAGUCGACAGCGGUAGGGCCCAUGUGAGCGCUUACACGUUCCAGCCGACCUCAAAUCCACUCGUCUCCGAUUUGGGCGCUAUCAUGUACCACGCGAUGUUCUCGAAAUCCCCUAGCCGACUUCCGGCGUCGAACUGCGCACCUGAAAGUGACAAUGAGUUAUUUGUUAUGCUCAGCCUCAAAAUUCACCAGAGUCGAGAAGGUGUAGUCUUGACGUGA